AUGAAUCUUGGGUAUAUGACUGAAAGAAAACAGUAUAGUAAAAAACGCAAGAUAGGCGGUUCGGGAUGUUCGAGGACUUCAAGUUCAAGCCCACUACGACCGCCUCGUGCCUCAUCGAAUGAUCGAGAUCCACAACAAGAAUUGGACAAUGAAAAUUCAGCGUUCGAGAAAGAACGCAUGGAAACAUCAAAUCCAUUUGAAGAGGAAGAGGAAGAGGAAGAGGAAGAAGGGGAAUCGGAUGAAAUGGAUGAGGGGGUCCCGAGAAAAAAGAAUUUGUUGGCGACAAAGGUUGUGGAUGGGCAAUGCUAA